AUGGCAGCAAUUUACAGCAAAGACGGACGGAAAUAUGCAAGGGUAGAUGCCGAUGAGGUUAAAGUCCAAACCGCGAAUUGGAGUUCGGCAGUAAUCUGUAUGGUUCUUGGGGCAACUCCUCCAAUGAAUGUUUUUGAAGGGUUCAUAAAAAGAGUACGGAGUCAUUUAGGGAUUGCUCAGAUAGAAAGAAUGACAAUGGGUCUAGCCAUGGUCAAAUUCAAUGAUGAUGCAACGAGGGAUCAAGUUCUAGAAAAUGGAAUACUUCAUUUUGAUAGGAAGUCUGUUAUCAUUCGGCCAUGGUCUGCGGAUCUUAGUGUUAUUCGCCUUGUUCGUUCAGUUCCUCUCUGGAUUCGCUUGCAUGAUUUAGGGCUUCAGUAUUGGGGUAGUAAAUGCCUUAGUGCACUUGUGAGUAUGAUUGGUAAACCGAUAAUGGUUGAUAAAUUUACAACGGAGCGCUCAAGAAUUCAGUUUGCAAGAGUUCUUGUAGAAAUGGAAGUUACAGAUAAUCCCCCUAGAAGCAUUCAGUUUCUGAAUGAGCUUGGUCAGAUUAUGGAACAAGGAGUGGAAUAUGAAUGGCUUCCUAUUAAGUGUAAAUCUUGUUCUGGUUUUGGUCAUUCAGAGAUAGAAUGUGGUAAACAAUUGAAAGCAUAA